ACUGGAAUCACCGGCACUAGCUCAUCACGGGCUGAGCGGCCGCACCUGCAGCUCGUCAAACGGCGCCUACUUAGGCAGAGGAGGAAUGCAGAGUGGUGAGGAAUGUCUCCCAACGAGCACACUAACCCUUACCUCCUCUGUUGCAGAGAGCAGCGUGUGACCGUCAGCCCCACCAAGGAGAGCACAGCACGGGAUCCACCACUCAGGACACAGAGAGCACGAGGGACUUGGAGCACCACGGAGAACACCGCCUUCACUCAGAGCACAGUUCAUUCAAUAAAUCCACCCUUCGGGGACUUUUUCUGUCUUUCGGUUGUCGUGUAGUUCCUCACCCCGCCACACUGGUGGAGAAUGCGGGCAAGAGUGUGAGGUGGACACCGACAACCGACCCCUGAGGAGACCGUUAAAGCCACCCGUUUGUUUUUUUUGUUUUUCUUUUUUUCCCCCUUUCAUUUGUAUCUGCUCUGUUUCCACAGGCGGCCGCUCCUCCCCCGGCAUGGAAGAACUGCUAAAACACCUCACCGAGGUGAGCAUCCGCCAGCAGCAGAUAAUGGAACACAUGGCCUCACGUCAAGGAGACGCCGAACGUGAGCUCGCCGCCCUCCGCGCCGCCACCCACCGCACGCCGCUGCCUGACCCCCGUGUCCAAGCCGUCCAGCUGAUGCCACGAAUGACGGCGCAUGAUGACGUGGAGAUGUACAUUCAGAUGUUUGAGGCCACCGCAGUCCGGGAGGCGUGGCCAGAGGACGAGUGGGCCCGACUCCUCGCGCCGCUGCUGACCGGGGAAGCGCAGCGGACGUAUUUCACCAUGACGGCCGAGAGAAGCCGGAACUAUGGAGAAGUGAAAAAGGAGAUCCUGAGCCGAGUAGGCCUUUCCCCAAUCUGUGCGGCGCAGCAGUUCCAUGACUGGGAAUAUCGAGCUCGACAGCCCGCUCGCGCCCAGGCGGCCGAACUAUCCCGGUUGGCCCAACAUUGGCUGUUGACCGGGGGUCCCUCCACACACCAGGUAGCUGAGCGUGUGGUGAUCGACCGACUCCUCCGCGCCCUUCCCCGCGCGUUGAGGCAGGCGGCUGGCAUGAGGAACCCCACCGAUCUCGACGGGCUCGUGGAGGCCAUUGAGCUGGCGGAGGCCGCCCAACACCGGGAGAUAGGGGAGCAAGUGCCGCCUUUUCCCCGAAGGGUGGUCCAGGAGCGACGCUCGCCGGAGGGCACCCAGCGACCCCUGAGCAGGCCUGCGGUUCCCGGCCCCCAGAACGAGCCAAUGCCCACCGAGCCGCCGCGUUCCCCAGGACGGACAUGGCUAGCAGGCUGUUCAGUCCACGGUCCAGCGCCGAAGGCACCUCGGGCCAAGGUGCGCAUCAACGGCCGGCCAUUCGUCGCCGUCCUCGACUCGGGCAGCGGGGUAAGCCUGAUACAACCGACUGUCCUUCCGCCCCGAACAGGUUCCAGAGCCCGGCUGGCGAUAACGUGCGUGCACGGGGAUACCAGACAUGUGCCGGCCCGGCGAGUGACCAUCACCGCGACACCUGGUUCCUGGCCCGUCGAAGUGGGAAUCCUAAGGAACCUACCGGUACCCAUUCUCCUCGGCCGGGAUUGGCCGGGGUUCGAUCAGCUCCUCACCUCCAGCACACAGCCUGCUAGCCCGGCCGGGAACCGCCGACGCCGGAGUCCAGCAAGGCGCCCUCGACGAGGCCCCGCGCUGCUGACGACGGACAGCCCUCGGGGAGGUGAGUCCCCCUCCCAAAACUCUAACCUGUUCUUCGAUGUCUUCCAGCAGAUAGCGGGAGGGGGGACGCUCGCCAAAGAGCAGCAUGGGGACGAACGCCUCAAGCAUUGCUGGUCUCAAGUGCGGGUGGCGGAAGGAGAGGAUCUACAACCAGCUCCCCACCCCACACCCCACUUCAUCAUCCAAAACGGCCUGCUCUACUAUGUCGGCCAGCGGAGGGGGGAGGAAAAGACGCUGUUGGUGGUACCGCGGAGCAAAGUCCCGGCGAUCUUGGAACUCGCCCACGCCCACCCGAUGGCUGGCCACCUCGGCGCCCAAAACACUGUGCAACGGAUCCGGGACCGCUUCCACUGGCCAGGACUGGAGGCGGAUGUCAAACGGUACUGCCAAGCGUGCCCGACGUGCCAACGGACCUCGCCACAUACUCCUCCCCCUAGCCCGCUGAUCCCGCUGCCGAUCAUUGAGGUGCCCUUCGAGCGCAUCGGGAUGGACCUGGUGGGGCCGCUGCCGAAGUCCGCCCGGGGGCAUGAACAUAUCCUGGUUAUCGUGGAUUAUGCCACCCGCUACCCAGAGGCCAUUCCCCUCCGCAAGGCCACCGCCAAGAACAUCGCACAGGAGCUCUUCCUACUGAGUAGUCGGGUUGGCCUACCAGCGGAGAUCCUGACCGACCAGGGCACCCCUUUCAUGUCCUGGAUCAUGGCUGACCUCUGCAAACUCCUCAAAGUCCGACAGAUCCGGACCAGCGUGUACCAUCCACAAACCGAUGGGCUCGUGGAACGCUUUAACCUGACCCUUAAACAGAUGCUGCGGCGUGUCGUGGCCGAGGACCGACGCGACUGGGACCAGAUGAUCCCGUAUGUGCUGUUCGGGGUCCGGGAGGUGCCCCAGGCGUCCACCGGCUUCACGCCCUUCGAGCUCCUCUUCGGCCGCCAACCCCGAGGGCUCCUAGAUGUCGCCCGGGAAGCCUGGGAACAACAGCCUGCGGUAUGUCGGACCACCCUCGAGCACAUCAAGGCCAUGAGAGAGCGGAUCGACAGGGUCAUGCCAUUGGUCCGGGAGCAUCUGACCAAGGCCCAGCAAGACCAGCAGCGCCUCUUCAAUCGGGCUGCCCAACCCCGGGAGUUCCAGCCGGGAGAUCACGUCAUGGUACUGGUCCCCACCUCAGCCUGUAAGUUCCUGGCCCGCUGGCAGGGCCCAUAUACGGUCACCGAACGGGUGGGACCCGUCACCUACAAAGUGCGCCAACCCGGCCGCCGAAGGGAAGAGCAGCUCUAUCAUAUAAACCUGUUGAAGCGCUGGGUGGGGACCGGGCCCCAGCUCUCUGCCCUCGCCGCCACCUCUCCCGUGGUUGUGGACAUGGAUCCCCAUCUCUCCGCAGCCCAGAAGACGGAACUGCAGCACCUGGUCGGUCAGUUCUCGGAUGUGUUCUCCCCUCUGCCAGGGCGGACGACCGUCAUCCAGCACGAAGUCCGAACACCACCAGGAGUUAUCGUCCGGCAGCGGCCCUAUCGUGUCCCGGAGGCUCGGCGACACGCAAUUGAGACAGAGGUACAGGAGAUGUUGAAGUUGGGGGUAAUUGAGCCCUCGCGGAGUCCUUGGUCCAGCCCCAUCGUAAUGGUCCCGAAGCCCGACGGCACCCUAAGGUUCUGCAACGACUUCCGCCGCCUAAAUGAGGUCUCUGAAUUCGAUGGCUAUCCCAUGCCCCGCGUCGAUGAGCUCCUGGAUCGACUAGGAAGGGCCCGGUUCAUAUCGACUCUCGACCUCACCAAAGGGUAUUGGCAAGUCCCCCUGUCUAAGGAUGCCAAGCCUAAGACAGCCUUCUCGACCCCCAGUGGCCACUGGCAGUACCGGGUCCUUCCCUUCGGCCUGCACGGGGCUCCCGCCACAUUCCAGAGGCUCAUGGAUGUCCUGCUGAGGCCCCAUAUGGCCUACGCCGCGGCCUACAUCGACGACGUGGUCGUCCAUUCAGAGACCUGGGGGGAACAUUUGGAGCGGCUCCGGAGGGUGCUGCUGGACCUCCGCCGGGCGGGGCUCACCGCCAACCCCCGGAAAUGUCACCUGGCUCUCUCCGAAGCCAAGUACCUGGGCUUCUGCGUGGGACGCGGCCUCAUCCGCCUCCAGGAAAAGAAGGUGACAGCUAUCCUCUCGGCACCGCGGCCCUCUACCAAGACCCAGCCUUUUCCCUGACAGAUCUGACCAGGAAGGGGCAACCUGAGAAGGUAGCCUGGAGUCCAGAAGCGGAAGAGGCGUUCCAGCAGGUGAAGUCAGCCCUCACCACGGAGCCAGUCCUGCGAGCCCCCGACUUCAACUGCCCCUUCCUGGUGCAAACCGACGCCUCGGACACCGGGUUUGGAGCCGUUCUCUCCCGGGUCCAGGACGGCGAGGAACACCCGGUGAUCUUUAUUAGCCGGAAGCUGACCCCGACCGAACAACGGUAUGCCGCCGUGGAGAAGGAAGCACUGGCCGUCAAGUGGGCAGUCCUGGAGCUCCGCUAUUACCUCCUCGGAUGCCGGUUCACCCUGCUGACAGACCAUGCGCCACUGCAGUGGAUGGCCCGCGCAAAGGACACCAACCCCAGGGUAACCCGCUGGUUCCUUGCGCUCCAGGACUUCCACUUCACCAUACAACAUCGGGCGGGGACGGCCAACGCCAACGCGGACGGCCUCUCCAGGAUAGGGG